AUGUACAUUCGUUCACAGCGACUGCAUCUUGAACUCGAACUUGGAAACUGGAAAGAGCAGCACACGGGGAAAGGGAGAACAAAAAUGAUCGGAGUUGGGAAAAUCAAGCCAUACUCGAAUGUUCUCGACAGACCCCUUGGCAAGGGUAAACAAGAGGUCAGUUUGAGCGCGUUUGCGUUCUUGUUUUCCGAGCUUGUUCAGUACAAUCAGACUCUAGUCGACAACAUAGCAGAGCUGGAAAGAAGGUUAGAGGAUGCAGGCUAUGCUGUUGGAGCUAGGGUUCUGGAACUUCUUUGUCACAGAGAGAAGGGCAACAGAAGGGAGACAAGGCUAUUGGGUAUUUUGUCUUUUAUACACAGCACAGUGUGGAAGGUCUUGUUUGGAAAGGUGGCUGACUCUCUUGAGAAAGGCACUGAGCAUGAAGAUGAGUACAUGAUUAGUGAGAAGGAACUUCUUGUAAACAGAUUUAUUUCGAUACCCAAAGAUAUGGGCGCCUUCAACUGUGGUGCAUUUGUUGCUGGAAUUGUGCGGGGAGUCUUGGAUAAUGCAGGGUUUCCAGCUGUUGUAACGGCUCAUUUUGUUCCUGUGGAUGGGCAACAGAGACCGAGGACAACCAUUUUGAUUAAAUUUUCUGAAGAGGUACUUCAGCGAGAAGCAAGAUUAGGUUGA